UCGCUGUGUUCUGUGGUGUGGAGCGUGGAACUUGUGGUGGGGGUGACGCCGUGUUUUGUGCACGUGGUUCGCGUGGUAAUUGUACUGUACAAUGGAGAGAACGGAAUUUGUAGUUGGACACGAAGAAAAAAUUAAGAAGAAGAAGAAGAAGAGACACCACAAGCUGCUGGGUGAAGUGCAGUGUGAGGGAGACUACCACCUUGAGUCAUCAGAGCAGAUACAGCCUCUGGACACAUCACAGUGGCCACUUUUACUGAAGAACUUUGACAAGUUGUGCUGCAGAACAAACCACUACACCCCUCUGCCGUUUGGUGCUUCACCACUUAAGAGGGACAUACGUGAAUAUGUACGUUCUGGAUACCUUAACCUUGACAAACCUGCUAAUCCAAGUUCUCAUGAAGUAGUUGCAUGGGUUAAGAGGAUAUUGAAAGUGGAGAAAACUGGUCAUUCUGGAACAUUGGAUCCAAAAACAACAGGCUGCCUCAUCGUAUGUAUUGAGAAAGCAACGCGGCUUGCCAAGUCCCAGCAGAAUGCAGGAAAGGAAUAUGUGUGUGUCUUCAAACUGCACUCAGCAGUAGAGAGUGAGAAGAAGGUAUCUCAGGGGCUGGAGCGACUGAAAGGAGCUCUUUUCCAGCGACCUCCACUGAUUGCAGCUGUGAAGAGACAGUUACGUGUGAGAACCAUUUAUGAGAGCAAGUUGUUAGAAUAUGACAUGGAGCGCAACAUGGGUAUCUUCUGGGUGAAGUGUGAGGCUGGAACAUAUGUACGCACAAUGUGUGUACAUCUGGGGCUACUGCUUGGAGUGGGGGGACAGAUGCUGGAGCUUCGGCGUAACAGAUCAGGCAUACAGUCAGAGGAAGCUGGUCUGGUAACAUUGCAUGAUGUGCUGGAUGCACAGUGGUUAUACGAGAAUCACAAGGAUGAGAGCUACCUGCGCAGGGUGAUCCGCCCACUAGAGGGCUUACUGAUUAACCAUAAGCGCAUCAUCAUGAAGGACAGUGCGGUGAAUGCUGUGUGCUAUGGAGCAAAAAUCAUGUUGCCAGGUGUGCUGAGGUAUGAGGAUGCAAUUGAGCUGAAUGAGGAAAUUGUGAUUGUGACAACCAAGGGAGAAGCUAUUGCAUUGGCCAUUGCACUCAUGACAACUGCCACAAUAGCCGGCUGUGACCAUGGUAUCGUCGCUAAGAUCAAACGUGUAAUCAUGGAUCGGGACACAUAUCCCAGGAAGUGGGGCUUGGGACCCAAGGCAUCUGCAAAAAAGGUACUGAUCAAACAAGGCUUGCUGGAUAAAUUUGGCAAACCAAAUGAACGGACACCAAGUUCGUGGCUGACUGGCUAUGUUGAUUAUAGUGUUCACACAGAGAAGGAUGAACAGGAAGAAGAACAGUCACGCAAGCGUAAGUUGAGUGCAUCUCCAGUCUCUUCACCGCCCACUCCGGGCACCACUCUUAUCAAGAAAGAAAAGAAGAAGAAGAGAAAGAAAAAGGAAUUGGAGGAGCCAGAAGGAAUGGAAGUAGUAGAAGAGGAGGCAAAAAAUAUCAAGAAAGAAAAGAAAAAAGGAAAAGAUUAAGAUUAAGCAGGUGAUGGAACAGGGCACUGGGGCUGACAGUGUGAGGACCAUUUUACUAACUGUCAUCUGUGAACUGAUUUCAGACUGUUACAUUUCUCUUACAAGCUGUAAUGCAGUGUGGUUUGGAGCUUGUAAGUGACUGUAAAGUAGGCCAGUUGAGUGUUUGUUUACCUAUGGUACAUAAAACCUCAGUGACACUUCUCCAUAUAAUAAAGUCCAAACGUUUCGGUCACCAGAUUUUGCGAAACAAAUAUCUUUAUGUUGAUAGAUGCUUCAUGAUGAGUUUCUUUGCAGUAUAUACGUUAAGCACAAUUUUAAAUUUAGCCAUUUUUUCAUUAUGUAUAUAAAUUUAAUAAUCAACAAUAAACUGAUCUUUAUAAUGAA